AUGAGGGCAGCCUACCCAGCGAAGUUUUCUGCAGUAACUGCGGCGAAAGAUGCUUCGGAGAACAAAAAUGUGGGGCUAGACAAUGCAGGUGAACCCCAGUCGGAUGUGUGGGAUGAUGAAACUGCCGGGGCAAACUCAACACAACAGAGUUUCUAUCCCGACUUAUGCCAGUUGGACGGAGCGCUUGAUGAAUUACAUAAAGCAGCUGAAGGGAAUGUGAACGGUGUUGACGACACCUUAAGAGAAUUUCUUGAUUGCGUCAAACAGGUGCAGGGAGCGGUCGUCGAAGACGUGCAAGCAGUCAGCCGUGAGCUCGCCAAGCACUCAGUAGGCGUCACUUCUGCCAAAACUUUUGCCGAGUUGCAGCAUCAUAUAAACGAAAUCGUCCAACUAAGCGGGCCUGAGUUGGGCUGCGCUUGGUCUACGGUGAAGGUUGGAGUGGGAGUUGCUUCUGUGCUGUCGGGCAACCUCGUGGUUGGUAGCUUCAUGGUGGCGCUCGCUGCGGGUUCGCUCGGGACAUCCCUCCUAUGGAAGGCGCACAGAGAUGGACAGAGGAAUUUUACUUCAUUUGGCGAAAAGGAGAAGACCUUAAAGCCUGCUUAUGGUAGAGGGCCGAGCAGGUGUGUCCCGCCUCUCAACGCGAGGAGUGUAGAAAGCCAUGCAGCUACCGCUUGCUGUAAAACCAUCGGCAGACCGGGCGAAGCAAGAAUAAAGCCUAGGGAUUUGUCUCCAACGGAUACAGAGUGCCAAGAGGCAUCUUCACAAAAACUCUCUCCACAAGAGCAUCAAGGAGGCUGUGAUGCAUGGAGCGUAGAAGGAUAA